GCUUAGUUUUCAAACUCUGUUCUUUCUCCGAGAGCCUGAGUUCAGAACCUCUAGGUGCCAUUUUGUCUCCCAGAAACUCAGUCCAGGAUAGAACCUCUCUACACACCAUCACCAUUAAACAGAAACUCUAUUCAGAACCUUAGUUCAAGCAAAUUCAGAACCUCAGUAUCAAGCAAACUGCACCAUUCAGAAUUUGCCAGGUGCCUAGGUCCGAUCAUCUUCCCGGCGAAUUUCUGACUACACCAUCCCUGUUGCCUCCGACCCGGCGUUGGAAGUUCGCAGCUCAAGUCGACGUCCAUCAGCCACACGACCUCCAGAAGCACUCACUACAACAGGAUCUGUUAACGAAGCAGACUAUUGGUAAAGGACAUGAGUCAGCUGGUCUUUAUAUUUUGGAUACAUCAAUCACAAAAGGUGUUAAGAGGAGACAAUGCCCAAGAAUAUCUAUCUGUUACAUUUAGGUCAUUUAUGCUUCAGCAUGCUAUUAUUCAUCAAAGUUCAUGCGUUGACACACCUCCCCAAAAUGGGGUUGCAGAACGAAAGAACCGACAUCUGUUAGAAACUGCAAGGGCUCUUCUAUUCCAAAUGAAUGUGCCUAAACAGUUUUGGGCCGAUGCUGUGUCUACUGCAUGUUUUUUGAUAAAUCGUAUGCCAUCUUCUGUUUUGAAUGGUAAAGCUCCUUAUCAUUGUCUAUUUCCAAACAAAGAGCUUUUUUCAAUCCGACCUAAAAUAUUUGGUUGCGCUUGUUUGGUUAGAGAUGUUAAUCCUCAUCUUACAAAGCUAGAUCCCAAAUCAUUAAAAUGUAUUUUCUUGGGUUAUUCUCGAGUCCAAAAGGGGUAUAGAUGUUUUUGUCCGAGUACAUGUCGGUAUCUUGUUUCUAUUGAUGCAUCAUUUCAUGAAAACACACCUUUUUCAUCAUCUAAGGCAGAUAUUCAUGAGACUAAUGAUGAUAUACUCAUUUACACGAUAACUAUUCCCGAGUCCACACUUUUGACAAGUAUUCCACAAGUUACUGUUCCUGACCCUAGGCCUCCUGUACACUUGGUAUACACCCGUCGGCACAAAGCACCUGAUCACCCUCCAUCGGUGACACCUGUAAUUAUUUAUCCUGAUACUAGUCUGACUUCGAUCUCAUGUCCUGAACUAGUACCUGCAUCAUUAGAUCUUGUUUCUACAUCAGAUCUUGACCUCCCAAUAGCACUACAUAAAGGUACAUGGUCUUGUACUCAUCCUAUUUCUUCAUUCGUGUCGUAUAGUCAGUUAUCC